UGGGAGGAGCCUAGGUGGGCCAUGAUGGAGGAGAAAAUGGCGGCGGUAGCGGCGGCGCGGCCAGGGUAGUCCUCCUCCUCCUCCUCCGCCCCAGGAAUGGCGACCCCAGGGCCUCCAGGCUCAGCCCCGGCGGUGUUGCGCGGAUGAGCCUUGCCUGGCCAUCGCGGGAGGGGCGGGGGCGAUGCGGCGGGAAGUGUUGUUCCCUUCUCCUUUUGUCUUUGGAUGGAAGCAUGCUCCCUUCCACAGAAGAUGGUAACCUUGAACUAUGAUCAUGGAAAAGGGAAUAAGCUCUGUAGAAGUUCUUCCCUCCAGAUCUUCUCCCACCGCUGCAGUAAGGGUGACGGUGAAUGAACAUGAAGCGAAGCAAGCUCAGAAAGUGAAACAAGUGGGAUUUGUACUUGUACAUGCAGGUGCAGGGUAUCAUUCUGAAUCCAAAGCCAAAGAAUAUAAGCAUGUGUGCAAAAGAGCCUGCCGGAAGGCAAUUGAAAAGCUACAGGCUGGGGCUCUUGUAACAGAUGCAGUGACUGCAGCGCUAGUUGAACUAGAGGAUUCACCUUUUACGAAUGCAGGAAUGGGGUCUAAUCUAAACCUUUUGGGUGAAAUAGAAUGUGAUGCCAGUAUUAUGGAUGGAAAAUCAUUAAAUUUUGGAGCAGUUGGUGCCCUCAGUGGAAUCAAAAAUCCUGUUUCUGUGGCAAAUAGAUUGUUGUGUGAAGGUCAGAAAGGCAAACUCUCUGCUGGCAGAAUUCCACCCUGUUUUUUAGUUGGUGAAGGAGCCUUCAAAUGGGCAGUGGAUCAUGGGAUACCAGCCUGUCCUCCAGGUAUCAUGGCAACAAGACUUAGUUUAGCAGCUUUUAAGCGGAACAAGAGGAAACUGGAAUUGGCAGAAAAGGUAGAAACCGAUCUGUUUCAGUUGAAGAAAAGAAGACAAUCAAGUGAAAAGGAAAAUGACUCAGGAACACUGGAUACUGUUGGAGCAGUAGUUGUUGACCAAGAAGGAAAUGUUGCUGCUGCAGUGUCCAGUGGAGGUUUAGCCUUGAAACAUCCUGGAAGAGUUGGUCAGGCAGCUCUCUAUGGAUGUGGUUGCUGGGCUGAAAAUGUGGGAAUUCAGAACCCUUAUUCUACAGCUGUGAGUACCUCAGGUUGUGGAGAGCACCUUGUGCGGACCUUACUGGCCAGAGAAUGUUCAUGUGCUUUGCAAAAUGAAGAUGCUCACCAAGCUCUGCUGGAAACUAUGCAAAACAAGUUUAUUAGUUCUCCUUUUCUAGCCAACGAGGAUGGUGUUCUCGGAGGAGUGAUAGUUCUUCGAUCUUGUAGGUGCUCUGCAGAGCCCGACUCUUCACCGGAUAAGCAGCCUCUACUUGUAGAGUUCCUGUGGAGCCAUACAACAGAGAGCAUGUGUGUGGGAUAUAUGUCAGCACAGGAUGGCAAAGCUAAGACUCACAUUUCCAGGCUUCCCCCAGGAGCUGUAGCAGGGCAGUCGGUCGCAAUUGAAGGAGGAGUUUGCCGGCUGGAGAGCCCAGUUAGCUGAGCUGCUACUCUUCUGGUCAGCAAAGGAGCACAAAUGCCAUUGUGCAGAAGAACAUCUUUUGUGUUUUAACAGAUGUUGAGAAUUUUACUCUCAUUUUAUACUCCUUAUUGCAAACACAUGCACCCGUAACCUGAAACAAGUGCUGCUGUAGCUUUAUAUUCUUACACUUUGUUUGAAUGUAUGUGACAACUUGUCUCUCGGUGGAAUAGGAACUUUGUUCCCAGUUGUGGAAAUGACAAUAAUGUAUGGAUAAUUUAACAUUUCAAAACAUUUUUAUUUGUUAAUUGAUUAGCCUCAAAGAUGACAAUACCCAGAAAUUGCAACAAGAAGUGGUUAAAAUUGUGUUGUAUGUUAUAGCAAAUGUAAUUGUUUCAUGAGGGGGAGGGGGAGUACAGGCUUCAGAGGAAUAUAACUGAAUGUGCUUUAUAUUAUGUAAUGAUUUAAGUGAAUCCAGUGAUAACAUAAAGGUACUGUCUUCUCCCAGAUAUGGACUUAUCUUUUCAUUUCAACAAAGAAUGGUGCAUUUCAAUGUAAAAAUCUAGGACAGGGUUAUGGCCUGCCUCACUUUUUUUCUUAAUUAUUCAGUUGGUAGUACUUUCCCUGGCUUAUAUGUUAUAUAGCUUCAAGCUGUUAUGUAUUAUGAAUGACUCUGUAAAGAUAACGUACAGUCAUGAAAUCUUUGCUUUGUGUAUAAUGGAAUAUUGGAAUGUAAAUAAGAACAAAGUUUAUUGGAAGAAUCAAUAUUAUUCUUUGCUUUAAAUAUAUUUUUGAGAGAAUGUCGUAGAAAUAAACAAGCUAUUCCUGGAUGAAUAAUGCAGAGUCUAUUAAAUUGAUGGUGAAGAGGAUCCUAAUUUUAGCUUUUUUCUUCAGUUCAUUCAAAUCCAAAUUUUCAGUGACUCUAUAUACAUGUUUGCAAUUAAAUUUAUAUGUUAUGCAUGCAGAGUUGCAAGUGGCCUUUUUAACGUUUAUACAUCCAAGAUCAAUGAUACAUGAUGUAAUGUACUUGCUUUGUUCUAAGUGGGUUUUAAUUUUUCUUUCAAUCUUUUCCAGCAUAUCCAGGCUUAUUGUUUUGUUGUUUGCAGACGUACAAUGACUACAAAACAAUUGCUUGAGUUAUUUGUGAACUGUCUGAGCAGAUUAAGAUAAAUUAAUUGAGGUGAAUUUCCCCCCAUUUAUGUGAAGAGGUGAUGUAUAUGUUAUUUAAAAAUAUUUGCAAAGUAACGUUGAACAUAUUACUGAUCUUACAAUCAACUUGUCUUCUCUAAUUGAUGUGUCUCCACUCAAUUUAUCACCACAGAUGAAAGGAAAAAGCUUUUAAGUCAUGUGCAUUUUACUUGAUGUAAAAAGGUCAGCCUCUAAUGUCAAGCAAUUUUAUCUGUUGAUCUUCAGUCCUUCAAAGCUGCAUGUGAAUGCGAUCUUCACUAAUCUGAGAAGGCUACAAGUUGUUACCACCAUAGCCGAAUUAGUGUGUGUGUAAACUUUCAGCACUAAGCUCUUUUGAAAUGUAUUCACCGCAGCUGAGAAACAAACUGAUCUUGUCCAGAUUGGGCUUUCUAGUCUGAGAAGAUGCAGAUUUUUGUAGCACUGAUUUGCCAACUUCUGCGUCCAACAUAAAGGUAAUGUCCUCUUUUUAAAUCAGAGUUGUAAGCAGUGUUGCUACUUUUCAUGUCACCACUUAUAAAGCCUUGCUUCCAUUCACUGUAAGAAUUGUCAGGUUAUUCCCCCUCUUCCUGUUCUUAAACCAGCUCUGAUUCUCAAAGUGGACUAGCCCUCUCCUCCUGUGUCUGCAAAGUUUGUACAUGAGGCUUUGGUGAGGUACUUUUAAAAAGUAUAUUUGUGACUUAUGCUAAUCAGCCUGCACACCUUUUUGUGGCAUUUGAAGCAGUCCUAAUAAAGGUAUUGCCCUGC